GUUUGUUUCUUCAAACAAACUGAACAAAAGUUUACAAAACGAAAGCAUCCAAAAUUCACCGAAAACCUUCUUCACUCUCGUCUCUUCUCUGCUGACACUCACAGUUUCUCAGCUUCCAUGGAACAGUCUCCGUCUCUCGAAGACUGCCUGAAGCUGUUGAAAGGAGAGCGAGAUGAGCAGCGCCUCGCUGGUCUCCUUUUGGUCACCAAAUUUUGCAAAGGCGACGACCUUAAUUCUCUCCACAGGGUUUACGACGCCGUUGGACUUCACUUCCUCGAUCGACUCCUCAGAACUGGAAUGGGAAAAGGAAGCAGUAGUGAGAGUGAGAGUGGGAGUAAGGCCGAUAAUCGCGACGCAUACUUGCAGCUAUCUGUAACAGUUCUCGCUGCCUUCUGUCGUGUUCCUGAAAUCGCCUCUUCAAAAGACAUGUCUUUGAAGAUUCCUCUCAUUCUCGAAAUGAUGUCCAAUCAAUCAGGCUCAUCUGUGCUUGAAGAAUGCUAUGAAUUUCUGUACCUGGUAUCAACUGCUUCUGAAGAUGGAAUUGUGACAUUGUAUGAAUCUGGAGGGAUGAAAGUUCUGGCUUCUCAAGUAUCUACUUUUCCAGAUGAUUCUCAUCUAAUGGAGAUAGCUGUGAAACUUAUGCUGUUAAUACUAAGUAAGCUGCCUUUGGACAUCGUUACUAAUGACUAUUUAUCUGAGCUCUCAGUGAUUGUGGUGACAAUGGCAAGACCAUUUGCCAUGUUGCAAAACGCCCUGAAAUUUGAAGUGCUCCACCUACUCUCUACUAUCCUUUCCUCAAAAUAUUUGGCACCACUUCAUGAUGCUCUUCGUGUAAUGCCAAAUGGCAAUUGGUCAAAUCAUAUGCGUAAUGGUAUUGCAGCGAUCUUACAUAGUCGUGUUGCACCUGCUGAAAGGCUUGAGGCCCUUAUGUUGGCUGAGGCUAUGGUAUCAAUACUUGGGGAGCACUGGUUGAUUGGGAAAAUAAACUUGCCUGAUAAAGAGGAUCCCAUUCCUGUUGACAGGUUUCUGUUGCUUGUCUUAGAGCAAUCAAGGGUUGAAGUUGCUGUUUUGCUGAAUGAGCUUGCCUACUUGAAAUACGAAGCAUCUAAGAGUUCUUCAUCCACUGCUCAGACAAUUCUUUCAAAGCAAAGACAUGUGGCUAUUGCCUUUUCCUUGAUGGAGAAGAUCAUUAAAUUAAUAUCAAAUGCUAGUGAAAAUGAAGGGGACCUUAUUGAUGAAAGCACUUUCACAAAUGUGAUCAGGGCACUUAAUGAGACAAUUAGUGUUGUCUUAGAGUAUUUACAAGAUGCAAAGGAACAUGGACAAAGGAAAGGAGAUGAUCUUCUUGCUUCAGUCCGGAUUAUUGGGAGCUAUCUUGCAGAAACACCCAUUGCAUGCGAAGUGAAGGUCAGAGAACUAUUAGAGUAUAUGCUUUCGAUUGAAGGUGAAGAUGAACAAAGUCCUUUCUACUCCAUAUGUUUUUUGCUUCCAAUGUUGUGUCAAAUAACAAUGAAGAUUGAAGGUUGCAAAGCUUUGGCUUCUUCUGGAGGGCAUAAAGCUGUUAUGGAAUGCCUCAUAAAAUUGAUUGGACCUAAUAAUUACGUGGUUGAGAACAGCAGUUGUGUCUUCUUGGCAUGUGAUACAAUCAUGAAUCUACUAUUGAAGAGAGAGCAAGCACGGUUGUCAUUGGAUGAAUCAACUUUUGUUCAUCUUUUGAAAGCAUUGGCAUAUUGGACAGAGGGUACUGAAGACUCAUCAAUUCUUAUGAUGGCUUCGAGCAUUUGUGCACUGAUAUUUGAUUUUACAUCAGAGGAGGCUCUUCUUAAUCAUCCAAGCUUUGAUACUAGCUCUCUUAACAGUCUGUCUAGGCUCAUUACAAGAAGUUUGGCUUUAUAUGAGCAGGAUAUGUGUGAUGAUGCAAAAGAAGAAGCAGAUCUUCAUGAGAUUGUUACUGCAGGAUACUCUCGAUGGGCUCAUAGGUUCCCCCAUAUAAGAGCAGCAGUUGAGAGAUAAAUUAGAUAAACUGGUUAUGCUUCACUAGAGAAAACUUUAUUUUGUUGCCAACUGCUUGGGGUAGGUUGCCUAUACUUAGUUGUUUUUGGUGGUUCUGGAUUAAACACGAAUGGAAGAAUUUUAUAGUUUACUCCUUUGUGGAAUUAAUCAGAUUGAUAGAGGAAAUCAGGAGGGGAUCAUCCUUGUUUUUCUACAAUCUCUGUGCACAGGAUUCGGGAUAGCUCACACUAUAACGGGUUUUUUUUUUUUGGGGUGAAGCUAUCUUUCUAUCCAACCUUCAUGUAGUCAUCAUCUGUUGUUGUUAGCCUCUUCUUUUUGUUUUCUUUUUUCAAAUUUUAUGUAUGUAUGGUUUACUACUAGCUUUUAGAUCUUUAUAUACAUUUUUGUUUUAUUAAUGUCUCUUUUGUGUAGAGUUUAUUUGUUACAAAUGAAAAAAAAAAAAAAGAAGCAAUUUCCUUGCUCA